CACCUCCCGGUCGCCAUGGCUCCCGAUCAUUGGUACGACGUCAACGGGGUUUGGACCGGCUCGGCCACCAUCCUCGAGGACGGCGAGCUCAUAAUGCUCUAUACGGGCUCGACCAACGAGUCGGUCCAAGUCCAAAACCUUGCCUACCCGGCCAAUUCCUCGGACCCUCUUUUAGUCGAUUGGGUCAAAUACUCGGGCAACCCGGUGCUAGUGCCCCCGCCGGGGAUUGGGCCGACGGACUUCCGUGACCCGACCACGGCGUGGCGAACGCCCGAGGGGAAGUGGCGGAUCACGAUCGGAUCCAUGAUUAACAAGACGGGCAUAUCGUUGGUUUAUGAUACUGAUGAUUUCAAGAAGUAUAAGCUCCUCGAUGAGUUGCUCCACGCGGUCCCGGGCACAGGUAUGUGGGAGUGCGUCGACUUUUACCCGGUGUCAAAGACGAAGAUGCGCGGGUUGGACACGUCGGAGGAUGGACCCGACGUUAAGCAUGUUGUCAAGACGAGCUUGGAUGAUGACAAGAACGAUUAUUACACGAUCGGGAGUUAUGAUAGUCAUUCGGGCACGUGGAAGCCCGAUGAUCCCAUUAUCGAUGUGGGUAUUGGGUUGAGAUACGAUUACGGGACUUUUUAUGCCUCGAAGACAUUUUAUGACCCGGAUAAGUACCGGAGAAUCUUGUGGGGAUGGAUCAUGGAGAGGGAUAGUCAAGAUGCCGAUGUGAAAAAGGGUUGGGCCUCGGUUCAAGCUAUUCCAAGAACCAUCCUAUUCGACACGAAAACACGAAGCAACAUUCUACAAUGGCCCGUUGAGGAGGUUGAAAGUCUAAGAAACGACGAGAGGGGCUUCGACAAGGUCGAGGCAAAGCCAGGUUCCGUGGUGCCUCUCGACGUAGAUCCCUCAUCCGAGCUUGACAUUGUUGCUGAGUUCGAAAUCGACAAAGAUUCCUUAGAAAGAACAAAUGGCAAAGAUGAAUCGUACAAUUGUUCGAUGAGCGGGGGAGCUGCUCAAAGGGGAGCUUUGGGGCCAUUCGGGCUGUUGGUUCUUUCGGACAAGGACCAAACUGAGCAAACCCCAGUUUACUUUUAUGUCUUUAAAGACCAUGAAGGAGAUUUCAAGACAUUUUUCUGUGCAGAUCAAUCGAGGUCAUCUGAAGCUCCGGACGUCGAUAAAGCCAUCUAUGGCAGCUCGGUGACGGUGACAAAAGACGAAAAACUUUCCAUGAGGAUUCUAGUGGAUCACUCGAUUGUCGAGAGCUUUGCGCAAGGAGGGAGGACUUGCAUAACGUCGCGCAUAUAUCCAACAAAAGCUGUCUACGAGAACUCUCGAAUCUUCUUGUUUAACAAUGCAACCGACGCUAAAAUCACAGCUUCGCUCAAGAUAUGGCAAAUGAAUCAAAAUCAUUAUUCGUAUGCGCGCAUACUUUCGGUUCCCUUAUUCGCAUAUUUGCUUCCAAUUUUGCUCUUUCUUGUUGUGGUCAGCAAUUGA